UAAGAAUGUGGAUAUUGCCACCUAAGUGGUAUAGGCAAAUUAUCUUAACUUUUCUCAGCCCCAGUAUUUUUCAUCUUUGGAGAUAAUGUUAACUGCCUAGCAAGAGUCGUUUUUUUCUGACAAAUUGUAUGAAAGCAGUUUGAAGAGCAUAAGGCACUAUGCCAGGAUAAGAUAGCAUAUUUUUAUAGGUACUAAUCUGUAGCCCAAUUCCACAGUAUUUUGGUUAUGUCUCUUGAAACAAAGACAUUCUAAAUAUGUUUACUUUGAAAUUAUUCCUGAAACUCAUAAUUCAUUCUUAGAAUAAGGAGUUAUUAGAUGAAAUUGAAUGGUUACUUUCUACUUAUUUAUUCAUAUCCCAUCCCAUUACAAAAAAAAUAUUUCAAGGUGAUUUAGAGAUUAAUUUAUCAAGAAAAACAGGUGCUUAAGUGUUUCUUGUUUUAUCCACUCAUUGGCAUUAUUGGAAUAUAAAUCAAAAGCUGUGUUACACAGUUCUUUGUGGUUAGAAAUACUGCUUUUACUCAGUUCUGGUGCCAGGUUACUAGUCUUUCUACUCUGCAGUACACAGGAGGGUAAACUCAGUGGAAAAUGAUGUCAUAGUGUACUUGGGUUAUGUGGGAAAACAGUUUGGCAGGCACAUCUUUUCAGAUACUCUUAGCAUUUACAAUGGACAAAGGUCCUUUGGUAUCACAAAUAGGCCUUUGAAUCUUCUUGAAAGUGAAAUUGAAGUCCUCAAUUUUUCUUUCAGUUCUUUUAUCUUUCCUUUUAUUUGCUAAUAAAUCUUCCAUAGAUAAGAACACAAAUACCUGCUUCUGACAGUGAUGAUACUGUUCUGUAUGCAUAUGAACCAAAUACUGCAUGUGUCAAUAAACAGGAGAGUGUUCAUUCGGAAACAUUCAAAAUGGAAGAACAAGAAAAAACAACUCAGGACGUUAUCACUUACUGCCAGGCCAUCUAUGAUGCCAUUCAAAACCUGGAUCAGAAGUUUGAUGUUAUUCACAAAAAGAUUUCAAAAAUCAACCGUUCUCAUGCGAAAUCAAUUUGGCUAAAUCGCUCGGUUUUUUAUACUGGCUUUGUGUCAUUUCAGAAGUCACUUCGAUAUGGAUACAAAUGUUAUAAAUACCUGUUUUCCAAAAACAUGAAACUGAAGAGACUGAAGAGAAGGGAAUCAUAUAAUGGAGAUUCUUACUCUCAAAGUUAUAGCUCAACUUUGUCAGUAAUAAAGCUGGGAAAUGAUUUCAACAGCAACAUUGUUGCAACAUCGUUUUGCUCAAAUGAGUUCUGUGAGCAGGAUCCAGAGUUAAUCUAUAAGGGGCAGAGACUGAUACAGGAGGAGCAUAAGAAAGUGGAGUGGGAACCGGAGCGGCUGCUGAGCUUAAACCAGAGUACCCCCGCUCCCUCCGACACUACCGCAGAUUCCUCUCAGCUCAGUAUUGGCUGCGAUGAUACACCAGAUGACACCAUUUCCAGGCCCUGCUCUCCCAACCCAGGGGCCCACAGCACCAAUAAACUUCCCCAGUCUGCUGGAUUUCCCACAGUGGUGUGUGCAGCCCAACCAAUACAAGCUACAGGUGCACCACCAGUUAGAGCUGGCUCGGAUAUGCUGCAGCGAAGCUUCUCUGAUGACCCUGAAUCUUGGUCCGUGGAAGAUGUGAUCCUGCUCCUGAAACAAAAAGAUCCUCAGAUUUCAGGCCUCCUCGCUGACAGCUUCAGGGAACAUGACAUUGAUGGAAAAGCUCUGCUACUACUCACGAUUGACAUGAUGACAAAAUACAUGGGGCUUAAGCUGGGGAUGGCUGUGAAGCUGUGCCACUACAUUGAAAAGCUUAAAGAGGAACAUCACCUUGACAACUGAAACAUGUUUGUGUAGAUUUAGGUUGGAUGUAAUUGUGGGGAGACCAGUGCAUCUUGGUGUACGAUCAUUUCCCUGCCCUUAGCACUUUUCGUUGUGUAGAAGGUUCCUCUAAAAAUAUGGUAUCUCCAGAAUUGUAUCAAAUUGGUAGUUUGUUCUUUCCAUCUUUUUAUUACUUUCAUUGUAUACUUUACAAAUAUAUUUCAUGCAGGAAACAGAGAAACAACUUUGAUUUCAGUUCAUGUUUAUACAUAGAACCAGAGCAGCUGAACCCCAAAGGGGAGAUUAGUCCCCACUUCUUUUGCUGACAAGUUCUCUAAUGAAAUCCACGAGACGUUCUCCCUAAAGAUGCAGCUGUAGGUAGAUACCAUCUUUCUCAAAUAUGUCAUGUCAGCUACCGCACUGUCCUGUGGGUGCCCUGCCAGUUUCCCAAAAGGGAACAGCCGUAUAAACCCCUUUCAUUCCUGUGACUAUUUCUCUGUAUGUUGUUAUUUUUUCUUCUUUAAAGAAAAAAAAAAUUGUAUAAGCUUUCAUGAAGAGUUCUUAACAGUGUUUUAAUAAAUUAUAAGAAAAGGUAGUUGUUUUACUCAAAAAGUAUUAUACUAUCCAGGUGGUUUGGAGGGAGCCUGGUAACUCUUUUUAGUUCAGUACCUAGUAUUUUGAAACUUCCGUAUUUUGCCUAAGCUUGGACAUUUAAGUAGGCAUUCAUUGCUCCCAUCCCUCCCUAAAGUUGCAUAUGUCCACUUGUUUAAAAGGCAAGUAAUUUAUUGUGUGUUUAUUCCUCGUGUGGAUACUCCUUCAUAUUUAUCUUUUAUUCCAUACCUGAAGUAUACACACAAGUAAAUCUUUUUUUCAUUUAAAAUGGCACACUUUGCUCUUCCACAGAGGUAAAGAUUACAUACAGCGAGAUGCGUUUUUCCGUCAAACAUACGCACAUCCUUAACCACCACUGGGGCCUCUCCGCUCACUCUUCAGAGUUUCCACACGGGGAGGUUCUCUGUCUUGUGCAAUGUUUCUAAUUUGCUUUCUGAGCCAUUUAUCCUCCUAAACUUUGGCAAGAAUAUUUUGAUUUGUCAUCGUGCUCUUUAUUUUAAAAAGGAGAACUUUUAAGUGAAACAUGUUCAUUGAUAUUAUUUUUUUAUUUAUUACACUGCUAUAUAACAUCUAAUGCUACUGUUUAUAAGCUAUGAGGAUUGGUGCCACCGUAUUAGCCAUGUGUUAGAAAUACCAAUGAAAUCUUCACCAAGGACGAGAAUGUAUAUUUUCUUUGUAGAAAACCACGUGUGCUUCAUAAGCAAAUGCAACUAUUUACUGGGCAUAAAGAGUGGUUUCAUUUAUGUUACGUUUUAUCAUACUCAUUUGUGUUAUUCCUUAUAAGACAAGAUUCUAAUUUAAACUUGGGCUUUUUGUCAAAUGUUUGUGUGAAGAUACUGUGUCCAGCUGAACAGACCUCAGGUGCUUGUAUGGAUAAUACGUUUUACAGUUCUCAGAUUUUAAAAGACAAUAAAGUUGAAUAAGCACAACAAUUAGUGUAAA